GCUGAUUUCUUCCUUUCUUCUUGGAAAAGAGAGGAGACCAAUUCAUUCCACUUUUGCACCUCGGGCGAGUUGCAAGCAUCCACUCGUCACUCCGUCGUCCACUCGCACUUAUCGUCGCCUUUCGAUGCUCAUCAAUUGCACCCCACAACCUCACUCAGUUUGGCCCUUGCUUAAGUGUUCCCCAGGACGGGAACAGAUUUAGUUACGUACUAUUUCUCCCCUUCAUUCCAUUUCAUCAUGGAGGAGAACGUCCCAUUUAUGAAUGGAAACGGUCCUGUCCCCUCGACAGAACUGGAUGAUCAUGAAGAUGAAUCAUCAAUAACUUCAGCCACAUUCGAGAUGAUUGACACUCAGGCUUCGAUAAUUAGGGGGCGACCAGAACCCAUUCCGUACAUGCUACCUUCUACCUCUGUUGCCAGUCCUUCUUCAAAGACUUCACCAACCACGGCGACCACCUCGACCUCCACGGCGGCAUCGGAUGAUGAGGGUUCGGGCGAAGAAGAGCUUUCAUCCUUCAUGGAGUCAUAUGAUUGGGAGAAGGAAAAGAUGAAGAAAAAUCAGUUUUACGAUGACGGAACCAUGUCCUUCUUUUGGCGAGCUCACACCCUUACGACCCUUUUUCUCUUGAUUGUCGUCCUCGUGCACGUCGCCCUCUUUGAAAAUGCUGUGGAGGAUUCAGAAUACAAUGCGAAACGGGGGAUGAUGGCGGUGUUGGGUUUCUUUGUCUUGAUGGGGGUUACUGUAAUUCCGGAUGGACCUUUUCUGCGACCGCAUCCAGCAUUUUGGAGACUCAUGUUCUGUUGUUCCAUCGUUUACUUUCUUUCACUGAUCUACUUGUUGUUUCAAAACAAAGACGAUGCACGUAAAUUGCUCAGAAUGUUUGAUCCAUUGCUUGGAACGGAGCUGGAGGAACGAAGUUAUGGAGGAAAUUGUCGCAUUUACGAUUCUGACCUGCCAAACGACCCAUUUCACAAUGUUUGGGACAAGUUUGAUUUGUUUGUUCCCAUGCACUUUUUUGGAUGGUGGCUCAAGACUCUGAUUCUUCGAGAUUGGUGGCUCUGCACUGUAAUUUCAAUCAUGUUUGAGAUUCUGGAGUACACUUUGGAGCACCAGCUGCCAAAUUUCAGUGAAUGCUGGUGGGAUCAUUGGAUUCUUGAUGCCAUGUUUUGUAAUGGAGUUGGAAUUUUUGUGGGAAUUCAAACGCUCAAGUACUUUCGUGUUCGUACUUAUCACUGGAGAGGUUUAUGGUCAAUUCCGGGAUACAAAGGGAAAUUAAAACGUAUCCUUGCUCAAUUUGGACCACAUUCCUGGAUAGAGUUUGAUUGGAAGCCCACCUCAUCGUUGGGUCGGUGGCUUGCCACGUUGGGAAUUAUUUUCGCUUUCCUAUUGGCCGAGUUGAAUACGUUCUAUCUGAAAUUCGUCCUUUGGGUCCCUCCUGGCCACUGGCUCAACUUGGUUCGACUCUUUGCCAUCCUUUUCUGGGGAGCUGUUUGUCUUCGUGAGACCUUUCAAUAUUUGGAUGAUCCUCAAUGCAAGUCUUUUGGACGUCAGUCAUGGAUGGUUUUAGCAAUAAUUUCCACCGAGUUUCUCAUCGUUGCUAAAUUCGACUCUGUCACAAUUACUAAACCAAUUCCAGGACACAUUUCUCUGUUUUGGCUCAUCGGUAUACUUAUCCUCGCAAUUUGGACAAUCUUGAACUUUGGUUACUUCCGACGAGUGGAAGAUAAAGGGCCUGGUCCCAUCGGCUCUUCAAAAUCCGACUCACAUCUCUCCAUCCUCAGGAAAAAGGCAAUCUUAAAUGCUGCAGGGGGUGUUCCAGCAGUUCGCACUAAAUCGUUUAAUGUACACUUCCGACCCAAAUCUUCAUAAGUUAAGUAUCAAAUUUAGGAAAUAGCCAUAGCCCCAUAUUGUCAAAAAGCAGACUAAAUUUUUGUUGAAUUUUUGUAAAUACUGGAAUCAAAUCAACUAUAAAUCGUCUACAUCAGUAGCAAAAGUUAUGAAUCAAUCAGAGCUAUUAGCCUGGCUUACUAGGUGUAUACUGGUAAAUAAUUCAGCUUACUACUAUAUUAUAUUAUAUAUUUCCACCAUAUGAAUCCAGUAAUGGCCAUAAUUGUUUGCAAUAUUAUAUAUAAUUAAUUAGUCACAAGUUUAGUCAGAACCGUCGAAGCCAUGGAUGUAUACGCACGUAGCUCAUCAAUGCAAAAUCAUUCAUAACAGAAUAUCCGAGAAUUAUAUUAACCUCUUAAUUACGUAGUGAAGUAAUCACUUUCUCGAAAGUAACCCCACCAACUUUAUAUAACUUUUGUACGCCACCAGACAAAUUUAAACUAGAAAUCUAUACAUUUUUUUCUUAUUCCUUCCCAUGUUUAGCGUAGCAGAUUCUUAAAAGUACACGAAAAUUAUGCAAUAGACGAAUCAACUUCUAAACGGUAUACAUUAGAAACAAGCUAGAAAGUGAAUCUCUUCAAAGGAAUGGUGAGAUAUCACCACUGAAUCCGGGUAUGGCAGCUAUACUGUCAUAUAUAAUCUACGUACAAUAAUGUAUGAAUUUGUACUAAAUGGGAGGGUGGGUGGGAUCACGUUGUCGCCUAUGUAUGUUUCGGUAGUGCUUUAUUCUACAAGGAACAGAUGCAGACUGAUUAGCUUAAUGUAUCAAAAUGUGCCAUUUACUAAACUAUGUAACUAACUACUAAAACUUAAGAAGGGUGGUGAAGUAGUAUAAGUUUAGACCAACUGUAGGUUGUUAGUUACUAUGAGAUAUUAACGAACAAGGUCAACUCAUGCAUAAUAUUACCUACCGAUUAAUUAAUUAAUUAAUGUAACACUACUUUUGUACAAGGAGUAUCAUACGAGUGAGCGAGAGAGAGAGAAAUAGGAUCGUACGAUUAGCGCAGCACUUAUCGACAAAUCCGGGUUGUUGACUGGUAGAUAAUAUUAACGUAGUGACUAAUAGUGAAAGGCUGCUUUUAGAUAAACAGAACAAGGAAAGAUCUAUCGUAUACUUUUAUAUAUCAAACCAAACACAUUUUAUUAUCUGCGAUGCUUCCCUUCCAGUAGAGCUGUCCAACAUAGUGUUUUUACUUUUUAACCUUUACUCCAGGAUGCAUGGAGUCAGGAGGAGAGAUAUCUCUGUCUUUUAUUAGUUUUAUUAGCAUUCUUUACUGAUUCUUUACCUUUACUGAUGCCAAGCCAAGACGAUUAGAGAACUGUAAUGAAUGAGUCAGCCAUAAUAACGACCCAUAUACUUGCAUACGCAUAUGUGGGUCACAUUACAUUGAACCUCACUUUUUUAAUAAUUUUUAACCGGAUGAUACUGGUCAUUCUGCAUUCGCUGUAUUAAAUCAGUCAAGGCUGAUGGGUUUGUUUACUAAGAUGCCAUGACACGUGAUAAAAACGGAAGGAUGGCUCUUGAUCUUUCUUGUUCUGCUGAUGAGAUUCUUCUUUACUUACUUGCUUCCAUAAGGAUGAAUGUAGUGCCAAGCAAACAAAUGAAUAAAAUCCGAGGUAGAAAUAGACUGCUCAGGGAGACGAACAUGUAUGCGUAACUAUUAAAUAAUAAGCAUAGUGGUGAGUGAGUAAUUAAAUGAACAACUAAUUUACACCCACCGUAUUACUUAAGCUAAUAGAUCAUAUGAUUUAAGAACAAAAUUGUGAAUUUCUUAUGUUAAGAGGAAGGAUGUCGCACAAUCAAUUAAAAACAUAGCAAAACUACUGCUGUAGCUAUUUUAAAAAAACUAUGCUUUGGUAUGGUGCAUAUGACUAUUUGUAAAGUAUGGGAAAUUGUAUAAACGCAUUAUAGUUUAGUGGAUACUAAAUUCGAAAUUAACAAUAAUCACUAUGGAUCAAUAAUUAACGUGUUUAAUUAGUCGUAGAUUGAUUGACAUUAUGCUUGGUUUUUGGGUUUUUGGACUUGGAUUUUGGAUGAGGCAUUAGUUUCUUGACUAAAUGGACGCACUUGAUAUUUUAUGCAGCCUCAUAUCGUUUGUUUUAGCCAGAUUGUAGUUUUAUUAUGUGUAGCUGUUGAAGGAAAUGUUGACAAAAUAAAUAUUGUGAUACAGAUAA